ACAGACAGAGACCUUCCACCACCACCAUGCCUGCCAGCUGUCUCUUCUUGCUCCUGCUCCUGCUUUGCCACGGGUGUGGAGUGGUCGGAGGCCAGGAGUCAGAGGACCAGGGAGCACCCAGCCUCAAGGGGGCGACGACGGGCAUGGAGGAGGUGGUGGUGCCCGCCGGAGCCAACCUCACCCUGGUAUGUGAGGGUGACAGCGUCCUCUACUGGUACCAUGAGGUGAGAGAGGGUGAGGUCUCCGUCGACACCGGCCCCGUCAACUGCUCGACUGUCUCCAUCUACACCGGCCCCGUCAACUGCUCGACUGUCUCCGUCGAUACCGGCCCCGUCAACUGCUCGACUGUCCCCGUCUACACCGGCCCCGUCAAUUGCUUGACUGUCUCCAUCUACAAUGGCCCCGUCAACUGUUCGACUGUCUCCGUCUACGCCGGUCCCGUCAAUUGCUCGACUGUCUCCAUCUACAAUGGCCCCGUCAACUGUUCGACUGUCCCCGUCAACUGCUCGACUGUCCCUGCCUCCUGGGUCCGCUCCGGCCCCGACGCCUCCCUCUAUCUCACCAUCCACGAUGGAGGGCCUGAGGAGAGCGCGACGCUGACUGGCGGAGGAGGGGCGCCGCUCAUCCACCUUCCCGCGCUCCCUAACAUCACUCUCUGCCUCUAUAAGGACGGCGUCCAGAUGACUGAUCCUCCGCCAUUCGACCCAAGAAAGGGAUUCGAGCUGACAACUGUGGAGACGGAGAAGAGCGGACCCUAUGAAUGCACAGCGAGACAGCAGGUUGAUGGGGCCGCGACGGUCACCCUCAGCAGCACUAGGGGCGCGGACGGCGGGGGACGAGGGCUCUGUAAACACAACAAACAUCCUAAUCUCAAAGCAACCGAGAACCAGUACUUCGUCCGCGGGUACAACAUCACACUCAAGUGCAUCGUCAGAACGUCCAGCAGGAUCGAAUUUGAUUGGUCGGUACCGCCAAGUGCUUGUGAGAGAGUACGUGUAACAAAUGACAUCGAUAAUCGUGACCAGAGAAGCACUCUGGAGGUGGUGAACGCUAGCCUCGCUGACUCUGGAAACUACACCUGUUACGUCGACAACUGUCCCGACUCACAAGUGGUCGCUGUACAGGAACAUCUGGCGCCAUUCAUCAAUCUAACGGAGGAAAUAUCUAUUUUAAACCCGAUUGAGAGCGAAGAUGUUUUUGGUUUAGCCAACUUGCACGUGUUCCCGCCCGACCCUAUCAUUGUCCUCCAGAACUGGAAUGGCUCAGAGGUCCAGCAAACAGACCGGGUAUAUAUUACACUCUUGCUGCCUUAACCUGCGGUACUAGAGGCUCUCUUAGCGU